GCGAAGUUUUGUUAAUUUUUACGCUUAAAAUACUCAAUAAUGGAUUCGGGAUCACCAAGAAAGAGUGGAAGGAAAAAGCGGAAAACGCAGACCACCAGAAGCUAUCGGAGGAGGGAGCAAGAAGUGCAAGCCUUGCUCAGGGAAACUGAUAGGAAAGGCAAGGAAGAGAAAGUUGACUACGAGGCGCGUAGCUUGCAGUUCUUCCAUGGCAACGAGGACGAAAGACGGGAGGAAGGGGACUCGCCAGUACAUGAGACGGGCGGCCAGGAAAGCGAUGAGGAUUCUGGCGGGGAGCUGGCCGCGGAACCUUCGGAAUCGCCCACUCAAACGUUUAUUCAAAUCGAUCUGCAGGAUCCGCCGCUAGUUUGGAAUCAGCUCUUCAAGCAGCGACACUACUACGACGAGAGCUUGCUCUACCGACCGAGCAAUACGCUGCACUUUCAGCUUCAGCAGGGUGACGUACGGCUGAAGGAUUACCAGAUUCGCAUGUUGAAUCGCUACCAGGAGCAGGCCAAGAGCUCCUCCAACAAGCUAAGCUCCCAGCUGAUAGCCCAGCUGAGUGAGGUGAAUCCGCCCAAGUUCAUCAUGGAUACCACUUUGUAUCGCAGCGUUUGCCACAAAGAGUUCAAGAGCGUAUUCUUUGAGCCCGUGACUCCAGAUGAGUUUCAGGGAUUGCCCAACCGGCGCUGCUUGAAGUUGAGCCUGAAACAACUUCGAUUCAGCCUCCAUCCCCAACUGAUGGAGGAGCACCGUCUGGCCCAGCAGCUGGAGGAUCUCUUCGACGUCUACAUCUAUCAGAGGAAACACCGGGUCUGCCGGAAACUUAGAGAGGAACUGGAGAUUGCCCGGCAGGUGGCCAUCAAGCUGCUCGCCUCCGCUGGCCAGGAUCAGACCUCCGAGGUAAAGCGGCAAUUCAAGCUAACGCAGCAGCUGAGGCAGCGCUACUACUCGGAGUCGACGGCCGAGCGUAAUCUUCUACAACGCCUGCUGAAGGAGUGGGCCAAGCUAAAGGAACUCCGCCGCCAGCAGCAGUUCCAGUGCACUCGCUUUCAACUGGGUCUCCGCGUAAUCCAUCCGCCCGACUUGCAAGCAUCCUAUUCCGCCUGGAAAGAGAGCUUCGAGACGGAUUUAGCGGAGGUGUAUCGGGAGCAACUGGAGGUCUUCUACACCCGACAACGGCUAUGGACCGAGCAGAGGUCCCACAGCAGGAAGUCUGCCUCCCAAGCAAAGCCGCCCCGCAAGCCCCAGUUCGAUAAGAUCAUGGCAAACUUGCGAAAGGAGUACGACAAGGCCUUUAAGGAUCCCGUAGAGCCGUUUGUGGAGAUCAUGCGCCUGCGUGCGGAUGAGGCAGCCGCCAGGAUCUGUAUUCCGGGCAGCGCACAGUUGCCCAAGGCCCGCAACUACUUUCUCAAGAUCUUCCUGGAUGGAGAGUUCGUGGGCCAGACCAGAAGCUAUCGCCUGGAGCCGGAUCUACAGAUCACCAUUAACGAGUGCAUGGGAGUGUUGCUGGAGAGGACUCUGCCGGAAAAUCUUAAUAUUUGGCUCUAUGAGAAAUCCACUCUGACGCCUAGAAGUCGUCGUUUGGCCCAAAUGACCACACCCUUGCUGAUGAACUCCAAGGAUGACGCAGUCCACGAGAAGCUCAGUUUUCAGACUACAUCCUCUGCCUCCACGCAACUGGCGGGCGAUGUUUAUGUGUUCUACGACUACCGCUCCGCUGAAGGUUUAGGAGGCGAACACAACCUCGAUGAUGUUCAAAGACUCCCGAUGGCACUGCGACAAAAGCUUAUCCCUCCAAAGCUCCGCGCUUUGCCAGAAGCAUCCAAGGAGUUGGUCACUCCCAGAGCUCCUUACGGAAGGAUUAGACAGAGCAUGCUGCCACCCUUGAUCUUCCUAGAGCAGCAGCUCCAAUUCUGUGACAUUGAAACUCUUCUGGAGGACAGGCGGCUCCAUUUGCUCCGCUCACGCCAUCAACAACGGAAUCUGCACACCAAGCAGCUGCGCUUUGUGCCCGCCCUGGAGAACGAGAUCACCGAGGAGGAGCCGUUGCCAGAUAGCCACGGCCUCGGCCUGGGCCAACUCUUGGAUCAAGGAACCUACUGGAAUCCCAUCGAUCUGCACAAGCAUCGCGGCCGAAAGUUUAUUAAGCUGCUCUACGAGGUCAUCAGCAGCCAGAGCGCCAGAAGGGCGAAGACCUUACAGACCCCUAUGCCCCUGCUCCUGCUGGCAGAAGAUUCGGACCAGGCCACCGGAUGGCCGGCCCUUUGGCGUGCCAUCUGCUCCGUUUUCCAACAGCAACCGGAGUCUCUACCUCGAGAGCCAUCGGUUUGGUCUGGCCCGCAGCCCAUGCAUGAUCUCUACCAGCAUUAUAACGUUUCGCUCCAUGUGGUGAGGGCAACUGGGGUGCCAGUGCGAAGUCGUCAUAUCCUGAACAUCAAUGAGCGACGCACUAGCGCCGGUGGCGAUAUGAGCACCAGUUUAUUCGUGACACAAACGCUUAUGUACUCUAAUGUCCGACCCUUUGUGACGCUGAGCUAUGGACAGCGUUUGUGCCGGAGCCGCACCGCCGAGGGCAGCAAUCCCACCUGGAACGAGCAGCUGCAGCUGCAGAUCCACAGCCAGUUCGGGGAUCUGCGCGAGGAUCUGAAGAUCACCUUGUUCGACGAACUAAUCGAGCCGCAGUACAGCGACGAGGCAUCCGAUCUGUACCAGCGCGUCCAGUGCAAUUGGUUGGGCGAGUUCCGGGUGCCCAUCAACACUCUCCUGGUCAGCCGAAAGUUUGAGGGAUGCAUUGAGUUGUCCAUGCCAAAGGUCCUGGUGGGCUACAAGCGCCCCUUGAUCGACUCGGUAACUAAUAUGUCCACGGAUCAGUAUCCCGAGUUCAAGGAGGCCGUACAUUUGUGGUUCUACCUGAGCAUCGAGCCGAGUAAGGGAGACCUAAUGCCUCUGCACUCGAGUGCCCUGGCCUGUGCCGAGAUGCCGGAACUGCAGCAUUAUCUCGGCGAGAGGAAGUUGGAACUCGUGCAACUUCUGCCGCAGCCGCAGCGCUACGUGGAACCACUGGUGUGCACGGCUCAAGGGAAGAGGGUGUGCCUAACGAGGCUACUGGACCCGAUUCCCCUGCCUCCGGCGGUUGCCAGCGGAGAGAAUCCCGUGGAGAUUUCCUGUCGCUUCGUAUCGUUGCUGAGUCAGUUGCGCUCCUACGAUCCCUGUCAGAGUUUCCGCGGCGUUUGGCUGGACAAUCAGACACUGCUGGACAGCACCUGGUGCACGGUGAAGGAUCUGGGUGUCCUGCUCUGCAACUAUCUGCUAGCCUUGGGUCUGGAGUGCUGGCUCAUCCUGGGCGUUGCCUGUCCGCAUGGCGAGUGCUCCUUUGUGCUCUUCCGCCAGCCAGAGACAGCCGAACUCUUCCUAGUGUCCCCCGCCACGGGAAAGCGCUAUCAACUGCAGGAUGUCUAUUGUCCACUGAGACGCGUCUUCUGCUUAGUGGGAAAACACAAUAUUUACUUUAAUAUUCAAACGGAAAACCGCGUCAGCAUGACUAACUUCAACCUGCAGGACGGCUCCUGCUGGUUUCCCCUCUUCAGCCGACGCGUUCUUGCCCCCCAGAGUAGCGUCCAGAAGCUCGACUAUAUGUACAAGCGGAGCAACGAUCUCAGCCAGCUGCAGAAGCAUAUCGAGCGAAAGAUUAUGAAGAAGAUAAGUGCGUGGCGCAGCACAAGGAAGACCGUCUGGAAUCGAGCCUUUCAGCCGCGUCUACAGGAAAUCCUAAGCGACAUGGAAAGCCUGGCCACCUUUUCCCGAGGCCGUUAUGAUGAGCCCGUUUACAGCGAGCAGCUGGAACAAGAGUAUCCCAAUUACAGGCUCUACGGCUUCACCCUCAACUUUGCCUAUACCAAUCUGGCGGCGAUAUCGGAACGCAUACGGACGACCUGCAUCCAUUAUAACAAUGACGCCUCGGUGGAGUUUUGCGUGGCGGUACACCUGCAUGCUCACGUUAACGAUGUUAUCUCGGUGUGGUUGUUCCUGAUGUCCAUGGUGCCACUAUUAUAAAUAUAUAUUGCAAUUUAAAUAAUAAGAAAACCUUUUAGAAGAAGGUUUAAUUUAAAGAUCUCUAUAAUGUAUCUUUUCAUCUGGAAAGGUGAUAAUUAUACAGUUGAUAAUAAUACUUUUAUAUAGUCAUCGAAAUCAAAUCAACUCACCCUCAUUAGGGGCUUUUCUUUAUCGGUAUCAGUGUGAUUCAUAUACAACUUUUUUAUAUCAGAAUUAAUAUUUUAUGAGUCUUUAAUAAGAUAUUUAGGGAAUUCUACAAAUUCUAGGACCGUAAUUAUAAUAAACUUACUUCCUUCGGAACUUUACUCCAAUAAGUCGUAAAUCACAAUCAAAAGUUAAUACAAAUGGUAUUACAUAAAAGAUUACGAGAAAAUCAAGUGCAGUAAUCAUACCUGCU